AUGGCGCCUACUGACGCCGACGAGACGGAGCGCGUCGGAUUCGUGCUGCAGAAACUUUCAAUCUCGCCGACGCUUUAUGAGGCACCGAAUCGACCAGAGCCAGCAGCAGAGCACUCCUCGCCUGGCUCGGUCGGGUCAGCGCCCGACUGCGAUCGACUGGCCUCCAGUUCGAACCCAGGUGGGCCUGCUGCCGGCCGCGAUGGCUCGCCAGAGCUGCCGGGCUUGCCCAGCCUCGCUGGCGCCUUUGGCGAGGCUGGGGUGGCUGCUGGGCAUGACGACAUCGCAGCAAUGACCUCCACGCUGCGGAACAUCCGACUGGGGCUCGCACAGGAAGCCGCAGCGACCCGCGUUCAGCGGGCGAUGCGCGCGUUCCUGCUGCGCAAGGGCACCAUCAUCAUCACGAUCCUCAUCACCAAGAUACAGGCCGCUGCGCGCGGCCUCAACACUCGCACUUCUCUGAACAACUUCUUCAAGGCCUGCCCGCCCAGCGGGCGCACUGCCGACCUCUUCCUCAGCCGCGUCUACGUGCGCGACUGCCACGGAACCAACGGGUUCUGCAACCAACACGAGGUCAACGGAGAGCAGCUGAGCCUGCCUCCGCCCUCGUCCCCCUUCACCUCCGGUGAGUCGCCCUGCCCCAGUCGUCCAGAGCACGUCGACCUCUGGCGAGUCAGCCGGUCACUUGAUGACGACCUGAAGAGCAAGAAGAAGACAAGGCAAAACGACAAGAAGCGCGCCAAGGCCAAAGCAGCGGCUAUCGCCGCUGCAGCGGCCGAGGAGGCUGCUGCAAAGGCGGCUGCUCAGGCGGCCGCUCAGGCCGCUCAGGCGGCCGCUCUCGGACGGUACAGGUUGGUCAACGCUUGGUUCUAUCCACGCGGCGACUGGUACACCUUCUACUGGGAUGGCAGCUCGGCCGACAAGGUCGCAAGGCGCGCUACCUACCCGACGCUCGAGCACGACGACCACGACCCCGGCCCCCUCGCAGAGCGCAUCAGGCGCGACAAGCGCGAGGCGUCCCACCGCUCCUCCGACGACUCCUCCUCCGACCGCGACUCGUGCGGCACCGGCUCCACUAGCGAGGCGAAUGACAUAUUCGACACCCUCGAAGUACGAAGACCAUCUCGGCUACGGUUCCGACUCCGGCUCCGGCUGGUAGUCGACAAGCUGCCGAGCGCAAAUCACUCUGUGUGA